CAGGCGGGGCCGGAGGGGCGCUGGGCUGAGGGCACCCAAGGAAGGUUAGCGGUGGCGGGGUGCCGGAGCGUCCAGACCGUUGCCACUCUGCAGACGCCCUUAGCCUGCCCACGGAGCCAAUUUCCCGGCCCUCACGUCCUGCCCUGGACACCCCACCCAGAGCCCUUGGCCUCCCCCAGUUUCUCGGUGUCCCUGCUCUCCAGACGCGCGAGUUGGGUAACGUAGUGGCGUCGCGGUGCGCACAACCGGGCCUUCAGCGCCCCAGCGCCCUUCCUGCCGUCAGCCGUCAGCCGCGGUCUGGAGCUGCACGGAGCACCUCUUCGGGUAAACACAGGAGACGGGAAGGUAAUAAGUCCUCAUUGGUCAAGAUGUCUUCACCACCGGAGCCUCUAACAUUCAAAAAGGAACCACCUACAGAGAAAGCCUUUCAAAACCCAGGGCUCAGAGGAGUGCGCACGACGACCUUAUUUCGAGCUGUGAAUCCAGAGCUCUUCAUUAAACCUAACAAACCUGUAAUGGCUUUUGGAAUGGCAGCCCUUUCACUUUGCAUGGCUUAUAUUGGUUACCUGCAUGCAACACAAGAAAUUAAGAAGGACCUCUAUGAAGCUGUGGAUAGUGAGGGGCACCAUCACAUGAGGAGAAGAGCCUCUAAAUGGGACUGAUGGUGCUGGUUGCUGCAAAUGGUGCUUUCUUGAUGGCUGUGAAAUCUUUCAAUGAAAGACUGCAAGAGCACACAGUUUCCUGUUCUGGAACAUGUGAAUGAGGAGAGAAUAUCGCAGUGGCACCCAGACAGCUGUAAUAAAUUUUGUCCUUUCAUAGCUUUAGCCACAGAAAAUUUUCUACAAAAAAUGUGACAAUAUUUUUCUUUUAUUAAAUCUUCUUAUAAAAGUGCCAUGAGAAUAGAAACCAUUUUUGUUAAUUAUUAACCUCUGUAAUAACCUAGUACUAUUAAAUUUGCAUGAUAUUUUUACUAUUUUAGAGUGAAUUAUGCCUUUGCAGGCAUUGUAAGUUUAGUUGUGUUUUGCUAUUUCUAAGAGAAAUAUUCAUUUUCUACCUGGCAUGGAAUCUGUACUUGUAAAGAAAGAGAAAUAAUAAUUUUAAAUCCUGAAGUCAACUUUAAGGUGUGAGAAAUGAUGAUUUCUAUAUUUUGGUUUCCAUUUCAGCUAUUUUGGGUCUAGAAUUUAGUUUUAAUUGAAAAGAUACUGCCACUCAGCUACCAAAAUGAAGACUUAAGUGACAGGAUAUCCAAAAGUAAUUGGAGUUUUUCUUUCUUUAGCUGUUUUUCUUUUUUAAAAAAAUCAAGUAUGUUAUACUGAGGUAUGAUGUUUUUAUUUGACUAAAACUAAAUGUUAUCUAUUUUAGUUUUUAUAAAUUAAUAUUACAGAGAUGUUAUAAAACCAAGUGUUCCUAUAGUUAUUUAAAAACUAGAACUACUCAAUAGAUAAGAAAUGAGAUCUCCUCUUGUAUUGGAUUCAUUUUAUGUGAUUUAAAUCUCUCUGACAAGGAUUCUGAACCUGUUUCAUUUCUAGAUAUUUACCUCCUUCUCCAAAUCGUUAUAAUUGGGCUCAGUAAGUAAAUCUCAUCUCUGGAAUUUUGUUUCAUUUGUUAUUACCAAGUAAUAAUGACAGCACAGGCAGAGUUUAUCAUCACUGUGUUAUCUUUAAUUUCUGGUACUUGAUUGUGGUUUUGCAAGGUAUGUGGGUUUCAAACUUAUCCUCUGCUGCCCGCAUAGCUUGGUGUAAUGGGUCAGUUGCUGGGCCCAUCCCUGGGCCAGCUCUACAGACAUAACUUUUUGUCUAACAUUUUUGUCUUAGCUUAUAGCUUAUUUGGGCUAUUCUCUUAGCUUGCUUGAAACUUUCAGUCAUAACAAUUGAGUUCAAAAAUUAAUUUACUGCAAACAUUAAUCAAAAUAAAUGUUAAAAAUAGCUUACCUCUGGUGGGGUAGUCAUCAACCGGCCUCCAGAAUGGGUUCUCCACGGACCCUGGGAUGUCUUCAAGGGGUUCCUCCUCUCAAAGAGAUCACAGCCUCCUGGAGGCCGUCUGAGGAUACGUGCCCACCAGGUUUUGCCUUUGGGUUGGAUGUUUGCCUUGUUUGCCUUAAGAUCAUUUGUAGAUUGACAGUUUUAUUUUUGGCAGCCCAGCAAUUAAAAGAGGAACAAACUUUCCUUUUUAACAUUUAUAGUGAACUUCACAGUAACCCUUCAAUUGCCAGAACAGGGCUAAACAAACUGAGCCUUUACAAUGGAGCUAUAUAGUACAAGUUAAUGGUAAUGGAAACAUCAGAGAUAUAAAAAGACAGGGGUUGAAGUGCUACUUAAUUUUAAAUACAAUAAAAA